AUGGGUCGUCGUGGAAAAGGUCCAAAGACCAACAAACAAAAUUUAGUCCCUGAAAAAGAGCGUUUUGUACAAUGUUGUGCAGAUGUUACUUCUGAAUUAACAAACUCUUUAACGACGUCAUCAACAAGAGAUAUUAAUCUAAAUGGUCUUAUUAUUAAGUAUUCUAAAAAAUAUAAGUUGAAACAACAACCUAGACUUACAGAUAUUAUUAAUUCUAUACCUGAUCAAUAUAAGAAAUAUUUAUUACCUAAAUUAAAAGCUAAACCAGUGAGAACUGCCUCCGGUAUUGCUGUUGUGGCUGUUAUGUGUAAACCACAUCGUUGUCCUCACAUUGCAUAUACUGGUAACAUUUGUGUCUAUUGUCCUGGUGGACCUGAUUCUGAUUUUGAAUAUUCUACACAAUCGUAUACAGGCUAUGAACCUACCUCUAUGCGUGCUAUUAGAGCACGUUAUGAUCCUUAUGAACAAGCUAGAGGAAGAGUUGAACAAUUAAAACAAUUAGGUCACUCUAUUGAUAAAGUCGAAUAUGUGGUCAUGGGUGGUACUUUUAUGUCUUUGCCUACAGAUUAUAGAGAAGAUUUUAUUACUAAAUUGCAUAAUGCAUUAUCUGGGUUUAAUGGUAAUGAUUUAGACGAAGCUAUUAAAUAUUCACAACAGAGUGUUACUAAAUGUGUCGGUAUCACCAUUGAAACUAGACCAGAUUAUUGUACUCCUACACAUUUGGAUGAUAUGUUAAGAUAUGGUUGUACUAGAUUAGAAAUCGGUGUGCAGUCUCUAUACGAAGAUGUCGCUAGAGAUACGAAUAGAGGCCAUACAGUUAAAUCUGUUUGUGAAACUUUUGCAGUGGCUAAGGAUGCCGGUUAUAAGGUUGUUUCUCAUAUGAUGCCUGAUUUACCUAAUGUUGGAAUGGAAAGAGAUAUUGAACAAUUCAAAGAAUAUUUUGAAAAUCCUGAUUUUAGAACUGAUGGGUUAAAGAUCUAUCCUACUUUAGUCAUUAGAGGUACCGGUCUAUAUGAAUUAUGGAAGACAGGUAAAUAUAAGUCAUAUAAUGCUAAUGCAUUAGUAGACUUAGUUGCUAGAAUUAUGGCUUUAGUACCACCUUGGACUAGAAUCUAUCGUGUUCAAAGAGAUAUUCCAAUGCCUUUGGUGACAAGUGGUGUUGAUAAUGGUAACCUAAGAGAAUUGGCCUUAGCAAGAAUGAAGGAUUUAGGUACUUCAUGUAGAGAUGUCCGUACUAGAGAAGUUGGUAUUCAAGAAGUUCAUCAUAAAGUAUCUCCCGAUCAAGUUGAAUUGAUUAGAAGAGAUUAUUAUGCCAAUGGUGGUUGGGAAACUUUCUUAUCAUAUGAAGAUCCAAAGAAGGAUAUUUUAAUUGGUCUUCUAAGAUUAAGAAAGGCAUCAAAGAAAUAUACAUAUAGAAAAGAAUUUAUUAAUCAAAGAACUUCUAUUGUGAGGGAACUUCAUGUUUAUGGUUCUGUUGUUCCAUUGCAUUCAAGAGAUCCACGUAAGUUCCAACAUCAAGGUUUUGGUACGUUAUUGAUGGAAGAAGCAGAAAGGAUCGCAAAAGAAGAACAUGGUUCUGAAAAGAUUUCUGUUAUUUCUGGUGUUGGUGUUAGAAACUACUAUGCCAAGUUAGGUUAUGAAUUAGAUGGACCAUAUAUGUCUAAGAUGAUUUAA